UGGGAGGGUAAGGAUUACAUAGCAACAGCCGGAUUGAACCUUUUUAGGGUCCAGGUGAGCAGGGCAAAGAAAAGAUGGCCGCUUAAUGAAUCAGGAGAAGAGUUAUGCCUGCUGUUGCCUAAAUCUUCGGGUGGCUGCUGCCUUGGCAUUGCAAAGGUCAUUUCCUGCUCAAUCAAGAAAGGCACAUUGCUGUUGAAUUGCUGCUGAUUUCUGCUGUUGUUUUGCAACAAUUUGCAAAGAUGGGAGAUGUGCUGAUUCCAAGUCUCAUGACCGGUGAUUGCAAUGAUAGCAUAUGUGUACGUGCUUCUAGGUUUUGGGAAUUUUAUGAUCUGAAUGAAGAGACAAAGCUGCUGCACGCUGAUCUUGUGCUAAUUGAUGAAGAGGGUAACAGCAUACAUGCGCAGAUCUACCCCAAUGCAUUUCAGCGGUUCAAAACUUUGAUAAAAGAAGGCAAUGUCUACAAUCUUGCUUGUUUUCGGGUCAGGAAAUCAAAUGACAGAUACAAACCAGUAACAAAUGAAAGCAUGAUCACCUUAUCAACGUGGACUACAGUUGAAGAAGUUGUUGAAAUUCCACCUGCUUUUCCUAUGUUCACCUACUCGCUGACUCCAAUAGAGCAACUGCCAUCUCGUGUGGACUACCCAGAAUACUUCACAGAUGUCAUUGGAAUAGUCACAACAAUCUCGAAUAUCAUGUCACUAAGAGCAAGAGGAAGACAAAAUGAUAGUUUGAAGAGGGUUGUCACCAUAUGCAAUGAAAGUAAUGUUUCAGUAGAUGUUGUGCUAUGGGGUGAGCGCGCCUCUUCUUUCCCAGCUGAACAAAUGCAAAAAGAAGGAGAAGCCCACCCACAAGUUGUCAUAUUUGUUGGUACCCUUGUCAAAAAAUACUCAUCAUCUGGAGCUGUCACCUUAGCAGGCAAUUCACCAUGCAAGUGGUACAUAAAUCCAGAUGUUCCUGAGGCAAGAGCUCUUCUAUCCAGCAUUGGAAAAACAAAUCAGCCAAUUAAGUGGGACCAACAAAUGACACCAGCUAAAGCUACACCUGCUGUUGAACACAAAAAAGUUUCUGAAAUCAAAGAUCUUAACCCCUUCAAAUACAAGAAAAUGGACUUCUUGGUUACUGUGGCAAUAAAAAAGAUUGACAGCUCCUGGUGGUACAACUCUUGCUACAAAUGUGCGAGAACUGCUAAACCCUACGGUGACUUAUACAAGUGCACCGACAGCACCUGCAAUUAUACUGGCAAACCAGUCCAGAGGUAUAAGCUUAGCAUUAUUGCUGGAGAUGAGACGGGUGACACAAAUUUUAUCAUGUUUGGAAGGUGGGUUCAGCACUUGACAAAGAAAGCUGCUGAUACACUUAUCGCUGAGAAUCCACAGGGUUUCAUUCCAAAUGAGAUCACAAGGCUCUUAGAAAAAGUGUUCAAAUUCAAUGUCAGCUUCACAGAAAACACAACAAGCUCCGAUAAAGUUUGCUUCCAGGUCAAUGCAGUAGUUGCAGAAGUAAAUGACACAAAUGUUCUCACAACAGGGUCUCAAUCAUCAUCACUUCUGAUAUCUCAAAGUGCUGGCAGCAGUAUGCAGCGCACCCCACAGAAAAGCGCUGCCUUCACUUUAACCUCACAAUCUACGGGGGGCAGCCAUGCUUCAGGCACCACACCAACAAAAACUAUCAACAUCCCUGAGUCACAACUUACACCACAGAGUCAUGGAUACAAUGAUCAGAUCACUCCAACCAAGGAAACAGAUAUUGCUUUAGCACCAACAGAGCAAGAUACAAGGUCCGUCAAUGCUCUUGAUAUCCUUACUCAAACUGCACUUGCAACGUCAACAGAUACACCACAGAAGAAUGAUGACACAGUUUUUGCUAAGACUACUGUUAAUCCAAAGGACUCCAAGGAUGGAGCUGCUAAUUCAACAACUAAGAUAGAAAAGACUAACACAAGGAAAAGGUCCUGCCCCUCACCUAGCAAGAAAAUUGCUAAAAAAUUGUUGCUUGAUAAAGACAAUGAAGACGAAGAUGAUGACUGUGUUCAUGACACUCCCAAGCCUAGGUAUGCUCUUGCUAAAAACCUCAAAUGAAACAAAUAAAUCAGCUACAGAUAGUUACACACGGCUGUGUCCAAUUUAUCCAUUUGCUACAUCACGGUAUUAUAAUUUCUUAUCAACGAAAGAAUCUUUCUGCACCUAGCCUUGCAAAAACCUUUUUUAUUUAGG